AUGGCUAAUGUUUUUCUACAGUUUUUACUUGAUGUUGAAAAUGGAGAUUUAGAUGGAGUUAAAAGAAAUAUUCAAAAUGGUAUUGAUUUAGAAACACGUGAUGAAGAUCAACAAACAGCACUUAUUUUAGCUGCUCGAUGUAAUCAUUUUGAAUGUGUAAAAGUUCUCAUUGAAGCUCAUGCCGAUAUUAAUGCUGAAGAUGUGGAUCAUUGGACAGCAUUACUAAACGCAUGUCAAAAUGGAAAUUUAGAUAUCGUAUGUUUUCUUACUGAGAAUGGUGCACAUAUUGAACAUUGUGAUUGCGGACAAUUUACUCCACUGAUGUGGGCAUCCUAUCAAGGACAUACAAGAGUUGUUGAAUAUUUAUUAAGUUGUGGUACGAAUGUUAAUGCUCAGGAUGAACAUGGUAUAUCCAGUUUAAGUUGGGCAUCAGGACGAAAUCAUGUUGAUAUUGUAGCAUUAUUACUUGCAGCUGGUGCUUCACCUAAUUUAUAUGAUAAGAAUAAUACAAGUCCAUUAAUUUGGGCCAGUCGACGUGGUUAUACAAGAAUAGUCGACUUAUUAUUAAAACAUGAUGCUAAUAUUAAUAAUAUUGGAAUGAAAAAUAUGACAGCUCUUCUAGCUGCUACAAAAGGUGGUCAUGCAGAAACAGCUCUUCGUCUUCUUGAAAAUCGAACAAUUGAUAUCAAAAUACAAGAUAAAGAUGGAGAAACACCAUUAAGUCAUGCGUGUGCUCAAGGUCUUACUGAUGUUGUUGUUGAACUUGUUCAACGCCAUGCAUAUGUUAAUACAGUCGAUAAAAAUGGUAAUCCAGUUCUUUUUUCUGCUGUUAAAGGUGGAAAAGAAGAUUGUGUUGCUAUUCUACUUGAAAAUCAUGCUGAUAUAAAUGCAAUUGGUGCUACAGCAAUUUGGUGGGCUGUAGAACGAGGUCGAUUGAAUGUAGUCAAAUAUUUACUUCAAUAUAAUCCUGAUGUUGAAGUAGCAGGUGGUCCUGAUGAUGAUACACCAUUAUUAUUAGCUACGAAACGAAAACGUGUUGCUAUUGUUUAUGAACUUAUUAAAUAUGGAGCUAGAUUAUCAUCAGUUGAUCAGUUUGGUGAUAAUAGUUUACAUAUUGCUUUGCGUAAUCAUAGUAGAGAUAUUGCUGAUAUUCUACUUUCUAAUCCAAGAUAUUCAAAAUAUUUGUAUCGACCUAAUAAACGUGGUGAAACACCUUAUAAAAUAGAUGCUAAUCUUCAAAAGAGUAUUCUUACAACUAUUUUUGGACAACGAACAUUAAAUUUGAACGAUGAUUCAAUUCUUGGUUAUGAUUUAUAUUCAUCAGCAUUAGCCGAAAUUUUAAGUGAACCAUCACUUCGAACUCCGAUUACGGUGGGUUUAUAUGCAAAAUGGGGUAGUGGAAAAUCGGCUUUGUUAACCCAUCUGAAAGACGAAAUGUACAGCUUUGCACAAUUAACAGCAUCAAUUGUUGGUCUUGUCACUGGUUUUUUAAUUCAUUAUAUUGUUGGUAUAACAAUCGGUGUAAUUUUAAUUGUUCUUCCACUAGCAUUUCUUUGUUUAAUUAAAUAUCUUCUUCGUAACAAAGAUUAUGGAUGGACAGCUAAUAUAACACAAUUUAUAAAUAAACGUUUAGAAAUGUUACGAUUUCUGCUUCAAGUUAUUUUCAUUAAUCCUUAUUCAUGUCAUCGAUUAAAAACAAAUGAUACAAUUGAUUGUAAAAAGAUGAAAUUUAUUUUUACUGAAUAUGGAAAAGUUUCAACUGCUGAUGGUGAAAAAGCUAGUGCAAAUAUGAUUGCUGAACUUGCAACUAAUGUCGAAGAAACAUUUGGACUUGUUGCAACACGUCUUUGUCGUGCACUUCAUUCCAAAAAUUCAAGCCAUCAUCAUCGAUUUCGAUAUCUAUGUUGUAUACCAGCAUUUAUUUUUGUUGCUAUUCAAAUUUUACUUGCUUUAGUUCUAAGCAUUUUAAUAUUAGUAAAAGGUAUUCCAUCAAAUCAUCAUUCGAUCAAUAUAAUUUAUAUUCUACUUACAAGUAUAUUAGCUAUUUCAAUUGUAUUCAGUUUCGCUACAUGGCUUCGAAUAUUAACAGUAUUGCUGAAGUCACCUAAAUCAAAAAUUCUAAAAUUUUCAGAUCAUUCUUCACGUCUGAACGAAAGUUCUCUUUAUCGACUUAGAAAAGAAGUUAGCCGAUUGUCAUACAUUAUCAAAACGGUUGAAGCUUUUUUAAGUAUUAAUACUCGUCUUGUUGUUCUUAUUGAUGGUUUGGAUGUUUGUGAACAGCAACGUAUCCUUCAAAUACUUGAUCAAGUACAUGUACUCUUGACCAAAGAAAAUGAUCCAUUUAUUACAUUAAUUAUCUGUGAUCCACAUAAAAUUAUUCAAGAUACGAAACCAAUAACGGCAAUAUCACCAUCAACAAAUCAACAUUCAAAUUUUGAUUUUGGUGUUAAUAUUCAUGAUUAUUUAUUAUCGAUUAUUCAACUUCCAAUCUAUUUACAAUUAAAUUUAAGUAAAACAAAACAAUUGAAAAAAAAUGCUGAUAGCUUUCCAAAAAGAAGACUAACAACUCUCGCCAAUGGUACAUCCGCCCUUGAUGUAACUGUAAAACCAACAACAAUCAAGAAACUUUCAAAAAAAAAACGACGUCGACAACGACGAGAUACAUUACCGAAUACUAAACCAGUAUCAACAUCAGAAUUGACUUAUCAAUUACUUCAAUCAGAUUAUUUUCUUGAUAUAAAUCCACGAAUUCUUCAACGUCUUAUAAAUAUAAUUGCUAUGACGGGUCGACUCUUACGUGCUAAUCAAGUAUUAUUCAGUUGGAAACGUCUUGGAUGUUGGUCAUAUUUAGUAGAACAAUGGCCAUAUCGUAUUUCUUGGAUUGUUAUAUAUUAUGAAGAUCAUGAACAAGAUUAUGCAGAAGAUACUGAACUGAAAACUCUCUAUAAUAAAAUCAAACCAUUUAUUCCUAUAACGAAUGAUCCUCUUUUAGAACUUGAUCGUAGUGGACGCAAAUUUGAACUUUGUAUAGAAAAAAGUGAACCUGUUUUAAAUGUGACUGAUUUAAAACAGUUCCUACCAUGUACAUGUAAUCUUGAUCCAUAUUUGAAUAAAUUAAUUCGAGAAUCUGCAGCCUAUUUUUACAUGAAUAAUAUAGAUGAAAAUGGUUUUGUUCAUGGUGAUCCAUCGCGUUUUUUUUCUCCUCGUGAUUCUACUCAGUAUUCUGGACAUAAUGACUUUUUUCAACAAGCACCACCUUUACGAUACCAAGGCGGAUUUUAUCCAAGAUUCAGUCUUCCAAGAGUGGACUAUAUAGGAGGUCUAUAUCGUCCAAAUAUACAAAUACCAAUGAAAAAACGUGAUGAUGCUGAUGAUAGUCAUAUUCGAACAUCAUCUAUUUCAUCAUCCUUAGUAACUAAUACACAGCCAAUAAUCGAACAACAACAACAAGAACAAAUUUUAUCAAAUAAUGUCAAAUUGGAUUUAUCACCACCACUAAGUCAGAUGACAGUUAAUGAUAUUUGUGAUUGUUUAAAGAAUGAUGUUAUAGGUUUAAAACCUACAAUGAUACCAAUCUAUAUUCAAGAUAUAAAUGAAAAUAAUAUUAGUGGUCGAGUUUUAUUAGAAUGUAAUCUUGAUGAACUUAAACAAAUUCUUUCUAUGACAUUUGGUGAUUGGGUACUUUUUAGAAAUUGGAUACAAACAAAACGAUUUGAAGAACAACGUUCUCGAUUUCAUCGACAGUCACAAUAUACAUCAUCAACUAAUAAUAAUAACCAUCAAAAUCGAUCAAACAAUGAUUCUUCUAAUGAAUAUGAAUUCUAUUAUGAUAAUGGUGUACUGGGUACUGCACUUAAUCAAUUAUUUUCUAAUACAUCACCAAAUAAAACAAUGAAUUCUAUUAAGGAAGACUCUGCUGAUGAUAAUAAUAAAGUAUCAAUUGCUUCAGUACCAAAAAAUGUCACAUUUCUUAUUCCAUCGAGUCUAUCUAGUAUAACUUCAAAUGAAAGUACAUUUGAUGUUAUUGAAACAACAACAAGAACAACUAAUCAUAUUAAAGAUAUAUUUUCAGUAAAUUCUCCAUUAGAAUCUCAAAAAAUAACAAAAAAUGAAACAGAUACAGUUACAUCCUCUUCAUCUCCGAAUUCUGUAACAAAUACAUUAUUAUUUGAUAAAGAAAAUGAACAUAAAAUCGUUAAGAAUGAUAGUGAAAAAAGUCCUUUACUUGAAAAUGAUAAAUGA